UGUACCAUACACGCGUUUCUGUUGGUAUGCGUUUUAGGAUGCUUUUUGAGACUGAAGAAUCAAGUGUGCGCAGGUACAUGGGGACUAUAACUAGCAUAAGUGACAUGGAUCCUGUUCGGUGGCAGAAUUCUCAUUGGAGGUCUGUCAAGGUAAGUAAGAUUAUCACAAUGUAAUGCAUAAAAGUAUAAGACUAAAAGAUGGAGAACCUUAGUUCAAUGAUAAGUUUCCUGUCUCGAGGCUUUGAUUUCUAGGCCCUGUUUGGACUAAUAACUAAAUUUAGCGCUGAGUAUACAUGUUUAUCAUAUAAGUACUUAUGUAUAAAGUUGUUCAUAUAAGUACUUUUGUUUGUAUAAAGUUGUCUCGAGGCUUUGAUUUCUAUCUUUCUCGCGAUCGGCCCUCUCUUUCGUGAGCUUUCUAUCUCUCGCGUUUUGCUUGCAGCCAUGGAAGGAGCUUUGAAAGCUCAUGUCAACAAGAACAAAUUUUCACUUGCAAACAGGGAUGGAAAACCCGGACGAUCAACGGGAUAGCUGCAGUAGAAAUAUAGUCGGUGGACCUAUAAUUGGUGGUCCUUUUACAUUGGUUAAUAAAGAGAAACAAACUGUUGGAUCCUCCUCUACUUUGGCUAUACCUCAUCUCCUGAUAUUGGGCCAGAACAAGUUCACCUUAUGGCAAAGGCAAAUGAUAUCUUAGAAUCAAAACAGAAUCUUAAAAUUCUGCCAGUAUUUGUUACCAUUGAUCCUCAACGUGAUACUCCCGCACAACUCCGUGCAUACCUUGAAGUUGCAGCUAUUAGGAAGAUGGCACAAGAGUAUCGUGUGUAUUUUAAAAAGAGCAGGCUGAAUCUGACAAAAACAGUUCGCAAAUUUUCUAUUGAUUCAAAUUUAACACCCACCACUGGGUCUGAAUUUCAUUCUAGCCCGGCUGCUAAUGUCAUUAAGCAUGAUGAAAAAGUGGAUGAAGAAUCUGUUGAAGGUGCUUUUGUAUUCACAUCAGAAAAUUUUGAUAAAUAUGCUCAUCAGUAAGUGGGUCAAUCAUGUAGUUCAUUUCAUUCAUUUAAUUUUUAGAAUUUAGUUAUGUUAGAGUUGAAGAGUUCUUUUCCUCUCGUCUCUCCACUUGUAUAGUAGUUGCACAUUGUUUACACUUCUUUAGCAGAGCAUUAGAAAGUAUGAGAAUAAUAAAGUGUUAAUUGAACUCUGUUUCGAAUGGUGUGACCUGUGAGGUUAGUAUAUCACCUUGUAUAUGUCAAACUUCAUUUAAAGUGAUUUCUUAAUUUGAUACUUCUAACUAAAUGUUGUCAUUUAAUCAUGUUGGAGACAAUCUAACCUCAUUUAAAGUGAUUUCUUAAUGUGAUACUUAAUUUGAUACUUCUAACUUCAUUUAAAGUGAUUUCAUAAUCAUGUUGUCAUUUAACUAAAUGCUAUUCUUAAGUGUGUAUUUUAUUGGCAGGUGGAGAUAAACAUUAGGUAGUAUUUUUUAUAAACAUUAUUGCAACACUGUUGCAUAAUCUGUUUACAUGAUCCGACCCCCUAAACAAUAGUCUUGAUGAUUUUUAUCAUAUGGUCUGGUCACAAGUUUUGAACAACGCACAAUAAAGUAAUUUUCUGUAUGCAUAAUAGGUCUAAAUGAUUAGUAUUAUUGUUGAAAUUAUAUAUAUAUAUAUAUAUAUAUUGACAUCUUUAUGUAAUGACACAUAAAUAUAAAUAAACCGUGGCAAGAUUAAUGGUUUAGAACAUACAAAAUAUAACAACGGUUUUAAAUUUAUGGUCAUAACCAAACCGUGGCUAUAUCUUGAACCAAAACUGUAUGGUGAACGUUAAAAUGAAACUGUGGCUUUACCAUAUAGCCACGGUUUUGCAGUCAUGGCAAAUACAAACCGCGGCCUUAAUCAAGCUACCUAAACCGUGGCCUAAAAAAGCCACGGUUGUAAAAAAGGCGUGGUCUAUACUAAAAAACCGUGGACUUUACUUUAGGCCACGGCCGUAUACUCCACAGUUGGAUUUCCGUGGCCAAACCGUGGCCUAAGCGUUACGCCACGGUUAUUUUGCAUAUAGCCUCGGUUUUCUGGGCGUGGCAGGAGGCCUUUUUUCCUGUAGUGGGUUUUGGGGAUGUUUGGGACAAUUUUCUCCACCGGUUGUGGUGUUAGAUUAUUCAGAAUGAGUGUUUCUGGGAAGAGCGCAGCGACAUCCAUAAUAGCGAAACUAGGGAAGGAAGAGAGCAGCAGAGAAAGGAGAAGGAAGGAAAGGAUCACAACCGUAGAAACUAGCCGUUAUCAACCGGGAAACUAGCCGUUAGAAAACAUUAUAUAUAAUAUAUGUAUUUACUGUCUUUUGACGUUUUUCACCUACCAUUGUUUUCACAUUGAACCUCCAUUUAAAUUGUGAUGGUUUAAGUGACAAUUCUGGUGAAACUGCCAUUUUAUACAACACCCAAUUCACUUGUUCACAUUAGACCAAAAAAAUAAAAACCUUAGUUAAAGUUAAAGAAUCCAAGUUGAAUUAUACUUGCACCACCCACCUAAUUUUGGUACAUAAAAUCGAAUAAUGGAUGCAAAAUAUCUCUAUAUUCACGGGUCGGUGGUUGUUGGACACAUACCAUUAUAGUUUUUGUUCCUUUCUUAACGAGACAACAUAAGGAUAAAUAAAUAAACACAUUUUCAAAUCUUACAUUCACUAUUCACAUGAGUCUUUUGUUUUCUUUUGUCUUCCAUUUAUUCUGACAAUAACAAACUGUUACGCAAUCAACUUUCCCUUAUUUUGACAUCUUCUAUCCAACUACUGAUUUAUUUCAUAAAAAAAUAAUGAUUAAACUAUAAAAUUUGCAGUUAAUUAUUAUUAAUUGAAACUAGUAGUAUAAGAUAGAGUAGGAAAAUGAAUUAAGAAUGGAAGUUACGUAGAAAGUUUCUGGUCAAUACAUAUAUGGGGCAGUCAUAUGACGAAGGUUGAA